GCGGCGGCAGAGGCGGCGGCAGGAAAGAAGCAGCCACAUGCUCCCGAGCGGGGGGUGUUAAAAGUUGAGUCUCGGUUCCGGGCGCUGUAGAGCCGAACAGGUGCUGCUAGCAAGUCAUGAUGGUUGAAUCUGCCUCUGAGACAAUACGUUCCACUCCCUCCAGUCAGAACGGGGUCAGCAGUCUUAACAAUCCAACUGAUGGCAGUGGAGGCGGCGGUGGGUGUGGAAGAGAGGGCGGAGCCAGUGGCGAAACCAAUGGAGAGAUCAGCCCAGUGGAACUCCUUCACUUUCAGCAGCAGCAGGCUCUUCAGGUGGCACGGCAGUUCCUUCUGCAGCAGGCAACAGGGCUGACCUCUCCUAGCAACAAUGAAAAUAAGCAGCCAGCUGUCCAGGUCCCAGUGUCUGUGGCCAUGAUGUCUCCUCAGAUGAUCACACCGCAGCAGAUGCAGCAGAUCCUGUCUCCUCCCCAGCUUCAGGCACUGCUGCAGCAGCAGCAAGCAAUUAUGCUGCAACAGCUGCAGGAAUACUACAAGAAGCAACAGGAGCAACUUCAUCUGCAGCUACUGACUCAGCAGCAAGCUGGAAAGCAGCAAGCCAAAGAGCAGCCAUUAGGGAAUAAGCAGCUGGCAUUCCAACAACAGCUACUGCAGAUGCAGCAGCUGCAGCAGCAGCACCUGUUAAACCUCCAACGACAAGGGCUGGUCAGUUUACAGCCAGGACAAGGCACCGUUCCUCUGCAGACCCUUCCACAAGCUGUUUGUCCCUCAGACCUUCAGCAGCUGUGGAAAGAGGUGACUGCUACUCAGCCUGUAGAAGAUAGCAUCAAGCAAGAAGGACUUGACCUGACCACCAACACCUCCAAUUCUACCUCGUUUUCGGCCGCCAAGGUCUCUCCUUCAAUUUCCCAUCACCCUCUCCCCAAUGGACAGAACGCCAUGCUCGCACAAAGGAGGGACAGCUCUUCUUACGAGGAGACUCCUGGCUCUCACCCUCUGUAUGGACAUGGAGAGUGUAAAUGGCCUGGUUGUGAAACCCUCUGUGAGGACUUGGGACAGUUUGUCAAACACCUCAAUACGGAACAUGCACUUGAUGACCGAAGCACGGCUCAGUGUCGAGUUCAAAUGCAAGUGGUACAGCAGCUGGAAAUACAGCUAGCUAAAGAGAGUGAGCGUCUCCAGGCAAUGAUGGCCCAUCUCCAUAUGAGACCUUCAGAGCCAAAACCCUUCAGUCAACCUCUGAACCUGGUUUCUAGCGUCACCCUCUCCAAGAGCACUUCUGAUACUUUCCCUGAUGGAUUACCUCAUCCCCCCACCUCUGCUACCGCACCCAUUACUCCAUUACGGCAGGGUCCUUCUGUCAUCAGCUCAUCCACUUUACACAGCGUAGGACCCAUUCGCAGAAGGAACUCAGAGAAAUUCUGCACGCCAAUCUCGUCAGAGCUUGCACAGAAUCAUGAGUUUUACAAAAAUGCAGAUGUCCGCCCCCCCUUCACGUAUGCCUCGCUUAUCCGGCAGGCUAUCCUCGAGACACCUGACAGGCAGCUAACAUUGAAUGAAAUCUACAAUUGGUUUACGCGGAUGUUUGCCUAUUUCAGAAGAAACACAGCUACCUGGAAGAAUGCUGUACGCCACAACCUGAGCCUGCAUAAGUGCUUUGUGCGAGUGGAGAACGUCAAGGGAGCUGUCUGGACUGUAGAUGAACUUGAGUACCAAAAGAGAAGGCCACCAAAGAUGACAGGGAGUCCAACUUUAGUCAAAAACAUGAUUUCUGGCCUUAGUUAUGGAGCACUUAAUGCCAGUUACCAGGCAGCCUUGGCAGAAAGUAACUUCCCUCUUCUGAACAGCCCCACCAUGAUGAACACAAGCUCCACUAGUGGCAUGCUGCAUGUGGGUCAUGACGACGUAAGCAGCACUGUAGAACAAGUCAACAGUAAUGGCAGCAAUAGCCCCCGACUUUCACCACAACAGUACAGCCAUCAAGUCCAUGUGAAGGAAGAACCGGCCGAAACAGAGGAUGACAGCAGACCUGUUUCUCUUAUGGCCACAACCAAUCAGAAUGUGACGAUUCCUGAUGAAAGAGACCUGGAGGAGGAAUUGCCAGUGGAAGACUUGUCUUAAGGGCCCUCCCUCCUCAUCUAGGGCCCAGCACUUCCCCAGAGACAAAGCAAUGGCUCCCACCUCCUCAAGGUGACCUUCAGCGUUAUCUUGUUUAAGGCACUUCUGCAAAGCAAAAGGGUUUCCUUGGGUCUACCCAUUGCUGAAGGCACACCUUUUUUUCCCCUCUGUUACAUCCCAGUGACUCUUAAAAAGACAUUCACAGAGGGGGAUGUACAAAGAAAAAAAUACCAGAGUUGAGCUUUUUUCCUUCCUUUCUUUUUAGAUUUUUUUUUAUUUGUAAUUGGUGAACGAGGAUGGUAGGUUGUUUCUGUCCGAAGACUUCUUUGUUUCCCCCCUCUCCCAUCACCCCACCCCUAUGGGGAUAAACAGAAGGUGUCUCGUA